AUGUCUACCUGGUGUAGAUAUUGCCACCAAACGGGUCAUAAUAAGUUUGAAUGUGAAAAAUCUAGAGCACGAAUCAUCUACUACAACUGUCAACACCUAGGACACCGAUCAUUUGAAUGUCCUCGCAAAGCGCCCCUGAAUCCAUCAAAAAAGCGCAGAACACCAGCAUCCAAGAAGCAAAAUGUUGAGGACGUCUUACCUCAUGCCAUUAAGGAGGAUCAGCCGGCCCCUUCUACUGAAGCCUUAAAAUCGCAACAUGCAUCAAAGGACCAACGUGUCGCCCUUCCUCGAACAAAGAAGAAUUUGAAAUAG